AUGAUGACGACACAAAGAAGCAAGAGACGACGAUCAUGUUCGAAUUCAAGGAACAAAGGAGCGAAGUUCGAAGAGAUCCCAUUCGAUCUCGUUACGGAGAUACUCUUGAGAUUGCCAGAAAAAUCAGUAUCGAGAUUUCGCUGCGUAUCGACUAUCCGCAGUCCAAACUUCAAUGAAUCGUUCUUCGCCAUAUCUUCGUCUCGUCCGAAGCUACUGUUCGCAUAUAUAUCAGAUGACAGCACUUUCUUCUUCUCAUCGCCACAGCCUCAAACCUCGUCUUCUUUAACCGCCAGGUUACAUACGAGCUUCCCAGUUGAAUGUGAUCUCUCUGACAACCUUUGUGGUCAAUGGACUUUUGGUCCAACGCAAGGUACUGUGCAAACGGUAUGUAACCUUAGCACAGGACAAAUCUUAACCUUACCCGAAGUGAAAAGUGCUGCCUAUAUAAUAAAAUGCUCUUUAGGGUUUGAUCCAACCGAACAAAAGAUUAAAGUGUUUUGCACGGCCCAGCCAAAUGAAAGUCUUGGUCCUGAAGAUCUGAUGUAUCAAGUCUUAACAUUAGGAACUGGAAAACAAAUGUCAUGGAGAAAGAUGACAUGUGAUGUACCAGGCUUUGGUAGUGCGUUUCGUAAAGUUGGGAUAUGCAUCAAUGGUGUUUUGUAUUAUUUACCUGUUCCUUUCGGUACUGGUAGUACUAGUACUAGUAUGUACCAUGGAAGUCAUCAGGUUCCUGAUAUAUUCUUCUUCGAUCUCAGAUAUGAGAAACUCGGUUAUAUCAAGAAAGCUCAAGAUAUGAAAGUUGUUGACUCUCCCUAUAGACUAUUUGGUCAUGAAUCAUCAGCUCUUGCAAACUACAAGGGUAAACUAGCUAAGCUUGAGCUUUGGAAUGAAGUGAUAGGUACAAGUAUUCACAUGUGGGUUCUACAAGACGCCGAGAAACAUCAAUGGUCGAGUUAUGCCUACGGCAUGCCACCUCCUUGGAAGUCUAUAACAGGGCAUAACUUACACUUUGUAGGAAUAACUAACAACGGCGAAAUUGUGAUGUCGCCGGACAGGCCUUUCUUCCGUGACGAGAUCUACUAUGACUCUUUCUACCUUAUCUACUACAAUCCCGAGAGGAACACUGUCACUAGAGUUGACAUCAAAGAAAUGGAAGGUCACUGGAAAAGUAACGCUUACGUGUUUCUUGACUACGUAGAGAAUGUGAAACUUAUGCCAAAUAUUUAG